AUGAAGCAUCAAGUGCUGCAGACGGCGACCAAGAUCAAGCUGCGCGAGCUCAACGCCCACGAGCAGCGUCUGCGGUCGCACUACGCGGCGCUGCUGGCAGCGGCGAACCACGCCGAGGCGCCGAUGCGCGUUCAGCUUGAGACGCUCUACGCUGGUGUCAAGGACUUGCAGGUCGUGCAGACGCCGUUGCAUCCGGGACUGGAUCACAUGGGCGCGCUCGCCGACUUUGCCAAGAGUGAUGUCUGGACCACGGCGCAGGCGGUGGCCCAACACCGAUCGUCGCUGCUCAAGGAGAUCGACCAACGCCAGUCGCUCUGGCGACACAACAAGCUGCUCGGCGCGCUUUUGCACGAGUCGUUGGCCGAAGAGCUGGCGCCCGUCGAUGCCGAGUGGGAAGCCGUGGGUGACGCGACCAGCAGCGGUGUCGGCGAGCUCACGGUAGCCGAGACACAAGCGCAGCUCGAACAAUACUUCUUCGCACCAGCCCCCGGUGUGACCGAAGAGGCUGUCUUUGACUACCUCGAAUCGACCUGGGCCCGUGUCCGAGAUGCGCUGAGCUGCGUGCGUGCCGAGCUCAGCGAGUUCUCCGAGUCAUUCCGUUUGCGCGCCAAGGUCUCGAGCGACGACGUCGUCAAAGCGGCGACGCUCCUGCUGCGGGACGCGGCGACCUUGGCCGACGACGUGGCCGACUUUUUGCGCGACGUCCAAGGCAACACGACGACGCAGCAGGAGCUCGCCGACGUGCUUACGAUCGAGCUGAGCAACCUGACCGAGUUUAGCUGGCCUGCCGACGGCGUGCCCGUCCAGUUCAAGCGCGGCAUCAGCGGUCGGUACCGCUGCCACCUUCAGGAAGACGCUGUCUCGCUUCUGCUCUUCCAGCACGUGGGUAUGGUCUGGGGCACUACGAUUCGUGGGGAGAUGGCGACGCUGUUGCAAGCGCUCGAGCCGACUGCACGACCGGCCCGCGGAUCCGUCGAUGCCACGCGCAAGGAGCUGCGUGAUGUCUUUACGCUCGCCGCGCUCGACGCGACCAAUGGCGGCUACGACGAAGUGUCGGGUCAACGCAAGUCGGGUUUUGCCGGCGCGUCCAAGCUCGACCUCCUGCGCAUGCUGAGCGCCGAGGCGCAGUACCAGACGGCGUUCAGUCCCGAGGGCAAACCCAAGUCGCUGACGGCCGUCACGACCGACCUCGCGUUCUUUGGCCCAUCGGUCUCACACGCGACGGUGCUCGGCUGCCUCCGCUUCUUUGGCGUCGACGAGACAACGCGGUAUCUUUACCCGCGCGGUCUCUCGGUCGGGCGUGCGAUGACCAUGUUCCUCUCCGAGAUGCUUCUCUUCGUCAUGGACUUUAGCGUCCGGUCGACGACCGGUAUCCACCUCUUCCGGCGCCACGACGACAUCAUCUUCUUCGAUGCAGACGGUGACAAGGCCGCCAUGGCGUGGCGCUCGAUGGAGUCUUGGGCUGCCGUCGCCGGCCUUUCGUUUAACGUCGAAAAGAGCGGGUCGGUCGUGCUCUCGAGCGCGCUCACCGGUGUUCACGCCGCACCGGCGCCGAUGCCGUCGACACCAAUUCGCUGGGGGCUGCUCGAACUGCAGUCGGACGCGAACGUCCGCAUCCUCGACGACAAGGUCGACGCGUUCGCACUCGAGCUCCGGGACCGCCUCGCUGUUGCGCCGUCCGUCUUUCGCUGGAUCAACGUCUACAACAAGUACAUGGUCUUCUUUGUCCGCAACUUUGGCUCGGUCUCGCCCAUCUUUGGGUUGACGCACGCCGACGCGGUCGCCGAGACGCUGCGCCGCGUCCACCACAAGAUCUUUCCCAACGGCGAUGUGCUCGCAGCUCUCCGAGCUCGCAUUGCGCAGCGGCAUGCGGCGCUCUUGGGCGAGACGCUGCCAGCAGCGUGGGCCCAAUGGCCGCUCAAACUCGGCGGCCUCGGUCUCCACAACCCGUUCCUGGUCGUCUGGUCGCUGCGCCGCGCGCUGCUCGACCACCUUGCGUCAUAUCACACGCGCGCGCACGAGCCGUGGCCCAAGGAGCGCAGUCAGUGGCUGUGGCGCGCUGCCUUCUCCACGCAAGCUAUGCAGCUGCGCGAGCGCUACGACAUCUUUGAGGAGACUGUCGAGCUCGACGGUCUCGAAGCUGCCUUUGCGACGGUGGAUCUGUUGGACCUACAUCAAUUCACGACCUUGCCGGGUCACGAGACCAAGUUUGACGCCAAGUACCGCGUCCGGUCGCUGUCCGAGGUGCUGGAACGGGCGAGUGCGGAAGUUAUGAUGUGUCUCAAAAACGAGUACGCGGCCUGCCUCUCCCAGGUGACGGAGACGUCACCGGACAGCGGCGCGUGGUGGUCAACGUCGACAGGAAGCGCUGUCAGCGACCAGCUAUCGACGGCCAACAAGGAGCAGCCGUACUGGUACUGGCUCGCACAGCUCUACAGCGAUCAAUUUAGCGCCGAGUUUGGCACCGUCGCGUUCUUUAGCCGCGAGCUGCUGCCGUCCCAGCUCAUCGAGACCAUCGAGAAGACGGCUGUCUCGUGGUGA